AGUCACGUGAGAACCGCUUGCCUUAUGAAAAUUUACACCGCACUUUUCAACGAACCCAGAGAGAUACUUGAAUUUAGGAUUUUGACGGAAACUCGGUUAUCCUACACUUGACUACUGUUGACGAUUUGACAGCUGGGGUGUGUGUGCGGAGGUGUGCUUGAGACGUAAAUAUUGCGUAGAACUUCGGUAGGCGAUUGAAAAAUGAACUUGUACUAUUAGUGAAUGUCAAAUUGGUGGUGAUUGAUGUAAACAGGAUACGGAAAUAUAAAAAUUGAGAAAUGAUAUGCAUGUUGCUUAAAGUUUUAAAAGAAAUACUGUUUGUUGUAAAGCAGUGAGCUGUUAUUCAUUUGUUAAGAAGCAACAUUCCACUUUAUAAAAUGGGCAGUGCUAUAAAUGGGUAUAAUAUGUUGACUGUAAUAGGAACUGGUUCGUUUGGAACUUGUUAUAAAGUUAUAAGAAAAGACACUGGAGAAAUAUUUGUAUGGAAAGCAGUUAAUUAUGGGAAGAUGACAGAAGAGAAAAAAAAAUUAUUGGUAUCAGAAGUCAAUCUUUUGAGUGGCUUGACCCAUCCAAAUAUUGUCAAGUAUCAUGACAGAAUUAUCCACAAACCUACUACUACUAUCUACAUAGUAAUGGAAUGGUGUGCUGGUGGGGACUUGUCUACAUUAAUCAAUCAAUGCAGAAAGUCUGAUAUAAAAUUAGACGAAAAAUUUAUUUGGCGAGUCUUGUAUCAGUUGUCUCGAGCUCUCCAACGGUGCCAUUUACUUCUACCCGAAGGACCAGUAUUACACAGAGAUAUCAAACCUGCAAAUGUUUUUCUGGAUGGGAAUGGAAAUGUGAAACUUGGUGAUUUUGGUCUUGCAUAUUUAUUACACGAUGGGCAAACCAGUGUUUCAUUAUCUGCGGUUGUUGGGACACCUUUCUACAUGAGUCCAGAAGUUAUUCAAGAUAGUCUUUAUAGUGAGAAAUCUGAUAUAUGGUCCCUGGGCUGCCUUAUCUACGAACUAUGUGCUCUGCAACCUCCUUUUAACAGUUCAAAUUUACAACAGCUUAUUCGUUCUGUCCAGAAUGGCAGGUUUAACAGGAUUCCUUCUGAUUAUUCCGAUGAUUUACAUAAAAUGAUAAGUUAUAUGUUGACGGUUGAGCAUCGUUCUCGUCCAAAUGUGGAAACAAUCCUUCAUCAUCCACAAGUUAUAAUGCACAUGGUUCAAGAAUCUCUUGCAGCAAUUGAGAUUAAAUCGAGCUGCAGUGAAGAUGUUGAAAAUGAAUUAGGAACUAUGGCCCGCGAAGGAAGCUCUUCCUCCUUGUCUUUUUCUCCUUAUAAAUGUCUCGAAGAAGUUGCCAAGCUGAAGGACACUUUGCUCUUAAAAAUUGAACAUCUAAAAGAAUGGGAAGCCAUGUUAACAAUGCGAGAGGUUGAACUGAAGGAGAAGGACAAAUAUAUUAUGAAAAAAGAAAAACAAAUAGCAGCAUCAGAAUGUCUUGUGAAAGAGAAAGUUAGUCAAGCUGAACAUUAUUUACGAUAUUGUCAAAGCAAUUUUGGUGGAAGCAGUAAGUAUCAUAAAACAGAUGUUUUGUAUAAUCCAACAUCUGACUUCUCAGUAUACACUGAUGAAGGUGACACCAGCUUUACACCGUCCACGUCUACCAAAUUAAAUCCUCAUGUUGUUGAAAGACCUGCCCGCUUUUCAAGAACACAUUCAGGAAAACAUGUUCAUUUUGGUACUUUACCCAGUACCAAAAUUAAAUGCCUUACUUCUAACGGGAACAAUAUAGAUAAAAGUAGUUUCAAAUCAAUAAGUCAUUUAUUGAUUGAUGGUUAUGGCAUGGACACUAGGGGAGAUCUAAAUCGAUUGAGUUCUCAAAUUAAAAGUGAAAAAUACCUAAAAAUCAAAAGUAAUAAAUCCAGAAAAUCUACAGUGGUGACAGAUGAAAGCAGUCGAAGUGGAGCUAGUGCUUCAAGCUGUCAAAGUGGCCAACUUCAUUGGGAUGAAGAAAGAAAACGAUGGAUAGAGCAAAAGAGAGUUCAAUUCUUUUGCAGCAAUAAAGAAAACCAGUCUGCAAAACCCGUUAGUCAUCAUUCAGGUGUAUCAUGUCAAAGCAAAUUAAAUGUUGCAGUGAUGAAAGCUAAUAUUUUGUCAACUAGACAUUACGAGGUGAUAUAACAUGCCUUGCGUGUUUCAUUGAAUAGAAUUUGCACAGAUUGGAAGUGUUUGAAAAUGAAUGUCUCUCGCUAAAUAUUUUAGCUCUGUGAAAUUGAAUGGGAUAAGGGCAACAUAAAAGAAUCUUUUCCAUUGAAAAGUAAUUUGCUGAUGGUGAAUUCUUAAAAAUAAUAUAUUCUAUUUAAAUGUAAUGCUCAAUUCUGUGCAUUUCUUUUACUAACUUUGAUAUGAAGUUAAAUGUAUUUUGAGAAACAGUAUUUUCAUGUGUAAUUGUUUUUUGAUCAUGAUGGACAGUAGCAGAAGUUUCUUAGAAUGGUGUACCUCAGGAAUUGUAAAAAUGAGUAUACCCAGGGAAUUGUAAAUUAAUUAUUGAUGUUCAGUUGAUGAUGUAACUUGUGCCUCCAGCCAUCUAACAAAAUUUAAGAGUAUUUUUAAAACAAUAAUUAUUUUUUGAAAAAAUAAAAAUGAAGGUUUUGUAAUUUUUUACAUACUUUUAAUUUUCUUUUAAAAAUAAAAAUUAAUUGUUGUAAAAGAAGGAAUACACUCAAUAUUGAGUUUUGAUUUUUUUUAUUUACCGAAGUAAUUUGUAAAUUAUAUGUUUGUUUUUAUGCAGCGUCUUGGAGUUAUUUAAUGAUUUUGGAACAUCAGAAGGGUAAAUAGUACUUUGAAUAUGUUUGUUUAAAACUCAGACAAUGAGUUGAAGACAGCUUUGAGUAUUUUUCUUCUAUUUGUUGUAUAUCAACUAUAAGAGAAGUUAGAUUUUAUCAAUCACUAAAUUAGUCCUUAUUCCUAAGAUCCGCAUUAACCCUUUGACUCUGUUUCUGAAAUCCUUAUGUUGACUCUGUUUGAGGUCUUUUUUGAUCCCAAAUGAUUUACACAAUAAUUUACAAGUAUUUGAUGCAGAAAUGUUUUUUGGAAUUAUUAAUUGUAAAAACUAUGCUAUUUAUUUGCUUUAUUUACUAUAUUGUACUGAAUAAAAAAAAUUUAUGUUCAGAAAAAAAUUCUAACCUAUCCUUGAGGUGAUCGAUCUUACCAACAUGAGAAUGUUUAAAUCAGGACUACCAAAUCGAAGUAGAGAAAUACACCAAAUUAUCACUCAGAAACCACAACAUAAUAAUAUAAAACGGAAAUCGACAAUUUUUAGAAUUUUUCUUGUAAUUUAGAUCUCAAGUGUGGCGUUUUUUACUUCAACCAAAUAAAAAUCAAAUUAAUUCCGACAAAGAAACAAACUAAGAAGACCGAAAAAAUUACAACAUAUGUAAAACUGGACACAAAAACCAUAUCUAAAAGGUUCAUGUGAAUAAUUUUCAGAAUGUUAGAAAACAUUAUUUGUCUCUAUGGUCAAAAAAAAAGACCUCAAACAGAGUCUAAGGGUUAAAGGGCAGUCCUAAUUGAGAAAAUAAAGUACAGAAAUUUGAAAGAUUGCUAUUUUGAAAUUGUAAAUUUAUAAUCAUUGAAAAUUGUGAUUCCCCUCUGCGAAUAGACCCAAUUAAAAAAUGGUUUUCAAAGUAAAGCUGGAGGGGUCUGUUGUGUGAGCGUCUGUGUUUUUUCUCCUUUUUUAUUAAUUAUUCAUGAUCAGAUAUUUUCACUUAUUAAUUCACUAAGAAUUUUAAAUUGAAAUAGGAAUUGUGAGUUUAGUAGUGUAUGAACGAAUUCAUAGGUGAAUUAAGUAAUCGUUUUAUGGUUGUGAAGAAAAGUGCUUUAAUUUGAGUUAUUAGUGUUAGUUUUAUAAUGUUGCUUACCUUGAUAACACUGCUUACCUUGAUGAGAUUAUAAAUCGUUAACAUUUACUUCACAGUUAAUUAAUCCAAACUUGUUGAAUAUUUUAAUUGUGAUUAUAUCAGUUUUCUAUUGCUGUUUUUAUAAAUAAUUAAAUAAAUAAAGAACG